AUGCAACUCGAGAAAAUACCGCUCAUUGGCAAAAUGUUCGGGCGGAAUAAUGGUCAGGGGGUCAAUGCCUCCACAGAUGAACUAAACCCAACGCUCCAGUAUCCAAUGUCAGAAGUCAGCGCGGCAGGCGUGGAAGAAGUCCAAGGUGGCGAAUCUACCUCGGACAGUGGCACAACGCUAGACACCACAGAAAACAUCGAUGACAAGGAAAAAACACAGGAGGGAACAUCUAACAAGAAACGCCGUCGCAAUAAACAAACACAGGCGCGAGUGAAUGCUAUUAAACUGCAGGAGGAGGAGAAAAGGUCCAAAGAAUUGGCAGAGGAAGUGGAACGGUUGAAGAAUGAACGGAAAUCCAUGCAAUACGAAUUGGCGACGUUACAAAAUACAGUAUCAGAACACUCCAACACAAAUCGUCAACUCGAGAUUGAGAUUUGUCGCCUGCGCGAAGAAGAACGCAACAUUAUUCGUGACUUGAAAGACGCUUACCAGGAAAUAGAACAAUACAAGCAACGGGUGUCAAUGAAGGAUAGCAAAGUGGCUUUACUGCAAGAAAAACUAAACAAAUCGAUCUCAAAAAUCGACGAAUUGACAACCUUGUUACAGGAACGAGCAACUGAGAUAAAGGGAGUCCAGACGUUUUUGACCACAGCCGAUCUGUACUCCGGCGCCGAUAUCAUUCAGAUGGUGGAUGGGUUGAAUAUGGACAUCUUCCACACAGCAGCUUCUGUAGCCGAAAUUUUUGAGCAGCCUACGGAGGCGGAUGCAGCUGCCAGGCUGACCAGCAAAGACCGUGAAGAGCGUCUAGAAUUUGGGGCUGAACGGUUGAAAUCAAUUCCUGAGGCAAUCGGUGAAAGGUUAUACACGCACCUUGCUAACAAAUGCACAGAACUGCAUGAAGACCCUUUCCCACUUCAAGUCGCUAUCCAAGCUUAUCUAGCGCAUUUCUGUACGCAACGUGUUCAAAUAUUUUCUGGCGAGAGCGCGAAAUCAGCGUUUGACGAUUUAUACGGCAGGAUAAGAUCAGCCGCGUCAGAAAGGUCCAUCGCAUCUAUUCAAACAAAGGUGGACGCAAUUGUGAAGCAGGCGACGCAGUUGAAGAAGGCGAUGCAUGAAGGGAUCACAACAGCCGAUAUGGAGGUCUUUGUCGUGCGUUGUGGAGAAUCCUUCAACCACACCGUCAUGGAGGACAGCUACGGUGACAAUAAGUCAAAGAAGCGCAAUAACAAGGCAAGCUGCGUACUUUGUCCAGUAGGAAUGGGCCUACGGAAGAUCACAACCAAUAAGGAAGAUCGCACAUCGACUACAACCCUCCUCUUCAAGCCCAAGGUUGCGUUGCUUGCCGUGUUAAACAAGGAAGAGCCUGCCCAUGGAUGCACGGAGGGAGGACAUACCAGAGUAGCACCCGCUACUUCUGAUAUACAAGGCCAAUGGGCCAAUGCUGGAGGACUAUACCCCUUCCUUUCUGGCGCAUCUGGUGACCCUUACUCGCGCAUAUCUUACGUUUCUUUUCGUCAACGCACUGGAGGGGAGUCAGGAGCUUUCUUCGAUUACACAGCUCGAUAUGGAGCUAUGAGGGAAGAAGAAGAUAAAAUCACACUCAGACACACGCUCAAGUCCUCACCUGGAACCGGAGAUCAUUCGCUUUUCGAUCUCCUGACGGAAAAAAUGGGGCUGAAGUCUCUACUCGACCUGCCCAUGAUUACCUUGAGCAACGGUCAGACCAGGCGGGCCAGAGUUGUCAAAGCAAUUCUGGGACAACCCGAGAUUCUUUUGCUUGAUGAACCACUUACCGGACUGGACCCUCCUUCACGAAAGGCCUUGACGGAAACGUUACAAGAUUUACACAUGAAUCGAUCUCCUCGAAUCAUCGUUGGAGUAAGGAAGGGUGAAGAUAUCCCCCCUUGGAUCACUCAUAUCCUCGAAAUCGACGGAAGUAGUGCCACAGCUCGAGAGGCUUCAGCAGUAAGCCAUACUUUCAACACUCGAACUUUUACCCCCGCCCAGACUGUCAAUAACUCAGGCCAUUUAACUGUGAAACCUACCUCGCUCCUCGUCGAUAUGCAAGGCGUCAAUGUUGCGUAUGGCGAUCGCAAGGUCCUCAAAGAUAUCAAUUGGCAAAUUAGACAAGGUGAUCGAUGGCAUCUUCAGGGACCAAACGGUUCUGGAAAGACAACGUUGCUAGCUCUUCUGACGGGCGACCAUCCACAAUCUUAUACCCAACGGCACCUCCUCCUUCCAUGCAUUCUUCCUUCCAGCGCGUCGUCUCCUUCUCGCUCUCCGGCAAUCGGCCCACGUAAACGCACACCCACGGCACAUCUGCGUAGACUCUUAGGAGUGGUAUCUCCAGAGAUGUUUGACGCGUUUCCUCGGCGACAUCCAGGAAUGAGCGUUUGGGAGGCCGUUACAACUGGUUUUGAUGGCGGAUUCGUACCUCGAACACGCGACGCGAGCAUAGAAUUACGAAAAAUUGGCAGUGUUGGAUGGGUCGAUGUCGCCGAAGAUGAACUUGAAUUGGAUCUAGAAGCGAACGAAAAAACGACUCACAUUGAAGCAGUCAGAAAAUGGAGGAUUGAAAGAUGUUGGGAGGUGCUCAAAGCUCUUGGAUCCGCCUCAUGGAGAAAGGAUACAGGGAAUAACGAUAGCACUAAUUUGGAAGCUGCCACGCGCGAAUUCGCUUCUCAUCCAUUCAGUUCGCUAUCUCCUGGCGAGCAGCGUCUCGUUCUUCUGAUGCGGGCGUUGGUGGGUCGACCACCGGUCGUUCUCCUGGAUGAGGUGUGGAGUGGCAUGGAUGAUGAUAUGAUUGCCGCUGCCAGAAGAUAUCUGCGGUCGAACGAAGGUGUCAGUCAGGAACAAGCUGUGGUGGUGAUUACUCAUUGGGAAGAUGAGGUUCCGUGGUCGGGGGAAGAAGUCAAACGAUUCAAAUUAUCUUCGCUAUAA